ACGUAACAAAAUGGUCAGAAUCACUAGCUGUCAUUAAAACGUCAUGUACAAAGCCUCGAUGGAAAAUGGGUAAUUGAAUACAAGUAAUUGAAAAUAAAUGUGUUGUUGACAGCGCGGGCGCCGCCGGCCAUGACGCGCGCGGCGUUGCUCACCGUUCUGCUCGCUGUUUCUGCUGCGCCCGCUUGGAGCCAGUUGAUGUUCCUGAUGGAGCCGCCAGCUCGCCUGGCAUUCUCCAACAGCACAGGCGCCCGGGUCGCCUGCGCAGCGCACGGCACGCCCCCGCCUGUCAUGUCCUGGUUAGGAGAGGAUGGGGCUCUGCUCACUGACAUUCCUGGAUUGAGAGGCGCUCUUCCAAACGGCACGCUAUGGCUGGGCGCGUUCAGCGCAGCGCAGUACCGCAGCGACGUGCACGCGGCCACGUACCGCUGCCGCGCGGCAAGCAGCGUCGGCGCGAUUCUGUCGCGGGACAUGCGGGUUGAAGCGGUAAUGGACGAAUCAUGGGAAGUGCGCGUCCAAGCGACGCACGGCGUGACCGGCGGCGCGGCGGUGCUGACCUGCGCCGCGUCCACGCCGGUACGCGCACACGUCACCCUCACACGCUGGUUCCGCGACGGAGAGCCGCUGACUCACGUAUCAGCGGAAGCUGGUGGCCGCUACAUCGUCGCGGGCAGCAGAGGUGACGUUCUCGUGGUUCGUGACGCUAGACCCGACGACACUAGUUCAUACUCCUGCGAAGCUCAACACACGUUGACAGGAGAGAAGAGACGGAGCGCUUCUGCUUUAUUGGCUGUUUCACAUCCCUCCGGAAGCAUGGCACCACGAAUGCUGAUGAUAUCAGAGGAUGAAACCGUCGUGCAGGGAGGAGACAUUCGACUAGUAUGCUGCGCUAUUGGAAGCCCACCUCCUACAUACAGCUGGUUUCGUCACAGCAACGGCCGUCUUAGCCCCGUGGCAAACAGCAUCCGUAUAUCCGUGUCCGAUCAAGUCCUGAUUAUUCGUCGAGCUCAGCCGGCAGAUGCCGGUGUGUGGACUUGCCGUGCCCACAAUCAGUAUGGAGAACAGAGACGUGACGCUCGAUUGACGGUCAGAGCAAGACUGGUGGCUUCUAUACAUCCUCAGCUACAGGUGGCUAACUCCGGAAGCUCAGUGAUGUUCAACUGUUCUGUGGAGGGCGAGGCGCGUGUGCGUUGGCUGCACGACGGCGUGCCCGUGGGAGGGGGGGAGCGGACGCUGCGCGUGCAUGGUGUCGUGCGCGCACACAGAGGGAUGUACCAGUGCGUGGCGGAGCGAGACAUGGACAGCGCGCAGGCGGCGGCAGAACUGCGGCUCGGAGACACAGCACCCGAGUUGCAUUACACAUUCAUCGAGCAGGCCUUGCACCCGGGACCGGCGUUGGCAAUGCACUGCGCCGCGUCAGGCUCGCCACCACCGCGGUUCACCUGGCUGCUGGAUAUGCAGCCCAUAGAAGAGCUUAAUACACCACAAAGAACCAUCAGUCAAUUCAUGAGCGCCAACGGCGAAGUGGUCAGCUACCUGAACAUCUCGUCGGUACGACCAGAAGACGGAGGACGAUAUACUUGCCGCGCGCACAAUUCGCGAGGCGCCGCUGAACAUUCCACACGGCUCAACGUUUAUGGUCACCCGUCAAUUCGCAGCGUGGGCCCGGUGCGCGUUGUCGCUGGCGUGAACGCUACAGUCUACUGCCCCUACUCUGGAUUUCCAAUCAGUGAGAUAGUCUGGCAGCGCGGUGGUAUGGACUUGACCCCCAGCGGUGGGCGCGCUCUCUCAGGGAUGGGAGGCGAGCUACUACUAUGGCCGGCAGAACCCGCAGAUGCAGGUGUUUACUCUUGUCGGGUCACAGCACCUUCAGGGCAGUACGCGCAGAAAGAUAUACAGAUUUUUGUAAGAAAUCCUCCGAAGAUUUCGGGAUUUACAUUUCCUCCCGACCUCGUAGAAGGUAGCUCAAUUCAAGUGCUGUGUGGCAUUACGUCUGGUGAUAAACCGGUAUACUUCUCGUGGUUGAAAGAUGGACAGCAUAUCCCUUCAAAUCUUCAGGUGCAAGAAAAAUCACUAGAUGAGUUCAGCUUCCUAAUCUUCUCACACGUGACUUCAAAACACAGCGGCGAAUAUACAUGUGUCGCUACCAACUCUGCUGCAGACGUGAACCACACUGCGAGACUUGCUGUCAAAGUGGCGCCGUCUUGGGUGUACGAGCCACAAGAUGUUUCCGCUCUUCUUGGCACUCAAAUAUUAGCGCACUGCGCUACUAAGGGCUACCCAGAACCUAGAAUCACUUGGCUCAAAGGUCAUGGUUCCGGUGUAAACGACUUCAGGCAGGUAUCGAACUUGGAUCUGCAGUACUCAAUCCUGUUAAACGGUUCGUUGUCAAUAUCUCCAGCGGCGCAUCAUCACGAGGGGCAAUAUAUGUGCCGCGCUGAAAACGGCAUUGGUAGAGGACUAUCCAAGAUCAUCACUGUAUCUGUCAACGAGCCAGCACACUUCGAGUUUUCAUCAAGAAAUAUGACAGUCAAGCGCACGGGGCAAGCAACAAUGGUGUGCGAAGCGCGAGGCGAUCCACCGCUCGCGUUGCAGUGGACACACAAUAUGAAACGUGUAGACUUGACCACAUACAGAGUGUCGGUCUCCGAGAAGCGCUCAGACAGUGGUGUCAGUUCUCAACUAAACAUCGCUCACGCCGAGCGACAUGAUUCAGGCGUGUACCGCUGUCGCGCUGAAAACGCUUACGGGAGAGAUGAACUGCUCAUCUACCUAGCGGUGCAAGAAUUCCCUGAAGCUCCCCGGGGUCUAUUCGUGGAGCGUUCCGACACACGUGGCGCUACUAUCGCCUGGCGACGAGGGUACGACGGCAACGCGCGGGUCCGAGUAUACCGCCUGCAAUACAGAGUCGUCGGUGACCGGCACAGACCCGACAGUAAUGACUGGACCGAUGCGCCUACCAGAGAAAUGCCGGCAGACAGAGUUUACGAAAAGCAAGAAACUUCAGACCCAAACGCAGAAACUACGUUGGAGUACCGUGUAGAAGGUCUUCGACCUGCAACUGCUUAUGCGUUACGACUCGCUGCAGUAAACGCUAUUGGUGAUAGCGAUUACUCUGAGUCAGUUAUAGUGCAGACUAAAGAAGAAGCUCCGUCAGAACCACCUCAUAAUGUCAAUGUUCAGGCUACGGCUCCAGGAGAGCUAUUCAUAAAAUGGGAGGCACCACCUCAGGACUCUUGGAACGGUCAGCUCCUUGGCUACGUAGUAACGUGGCGCGAAGCGGGAGCUAGCGACAAUGCGACGCGAGCUCUGACCGCUUCAGGCUGGGGCGCCACCAGCGCCACGCUGGCUCCGCUGCGAACGCACGCGCAUUAUGAUGUUCGCAUUAGGGCAUUUAAUGCUGUUGGCGCAGGACCGGCGAGCGCACCUCUCACAGCUACUACAUUGGAAGGAGUGCCCGAAGCAGCGCCGCAGCGUGUGCGAUGCGAGGCUCUGUCCGCGCAGUCCCUGCGCGUGUGGUGGGAGCCCCCUCCACCCUCACUCCGGGGAGGAGUGCUGCUCGGCUAUGAAGUUGUAUACGAGGCAGUAGACGACACAUCAGGACAGGUAGAGACGCGGCGGGCAGGUGGUACCGAAGCUGUACUGCAGUCGCUACACCGCGCCGCCAACUACUCGCUUGUACUUCGAGCUCGCACCGCCGCCGGGCCCGGUCCGCCCUCCUCACCAAUCACUUGCACCACGCAUGAAGACAUUCCAGGUGCGCCAGCAGACAUCAAGGCGUUGGCAAACUCAGAGAGCACGAUCAUUGUCAGCUGGCUGCCGCCUGCGCAGCGGAACGGCCGAAUCAAGCACUACACCGUCUACAGCAGGCCGCAGCGGGUCAGCCCGCAUAACCAUCUCAUGGUGAUUCACAAAGACGAGGAAGAGGAGUUUUUCGCCGAAAUACGUGGACUGCAAGAGCACACGCUGUACGAGUUCUGGGUGACUGCCGCCACUGCUUCUGGAGAGGGAGAGAUGAGCGCCAUCGUAGCCAGAACACCUACACCGAGAGCUCCAGCAAAAAUUCUCUCGUUCGGCCGUCGCAUCUUGACAGCGGAAGGGUCACGCGUUCGACUACGGUGUGCUGCUGCAGGGUCUCCAACGCCGUUGCGCGUCUGGUCACGGGCGCGGCCAGCGCCACCUCUCGCUAUCGACCCCAGGAUCGUUGUAAAGGACCAAAUCAUCGUUAUACAGAAACUGGACCGCAGCCUGGCUGACAACUACACGUGUACAGUGAGCAACCCCUGGGGCGAGGAGCGGGUGACGUGGGAAGUUCGAGCGUUGAGUCCUGUACCUCGCCCAUCGAUCAGGCUGGCCGGUGCUGCCCCAGCGCGAUUAUCCUUGGCUUGGGAUGCACCUCCUAGUCCAGUGCAUAGCUACACGCUGGAGUGGACGCGCGCGAACGAAGCCAGCUGGGCUGUAACGCGGCUACCGGGCGAAGUACGCACGCAUACGCUUGAACGGCUGGCGUGUGGCGCCGCCUACAGGGUGCGUCUGCGCGCGCACAACGCCGCCGGGCCUAGUGAGCCUAGCGAUGAGCUCGUCGUCUCCACCAAGGGAGGACUUUCAAAAGCGGCAGCAGAAAAGGAUCUCAUCACUACCAACAGCACCUGCGUCCGGCUAAACCUUCUAACAUGGGACAGCAACGGUUGCCCGUUGAGCCAACUCCAAGUUUCUAUACGCGGUUUCGACGAGUCAGGGUGGCGGUCGGGCGCCGUGGCCCCCGCUGAACCGCUGGUGUGGUGCGACCUGAAUCCCGCCACCUGGUAUCAUCUGAAAGUGGUGGCUACCAGUUCCGCUGGGACUACAGUUGGAACGUAUUAUUUUUCUACGCUUACUGAGGAGGGAGAGCGCAUCCCGGCUCCAGCACACUUCCCGCCAGGCAGCGGCGGCGGCGAACACACCACAUUAGUCAUGGCUGGCACGGGUUGUGCUUUGCUCACCGCGCUGUUGUUGCUGGCUAUACUGGCGUGGAGGCGAAGCGAACCAGCGUCCUGUUUUCGCAAAGGCUACGAGCCAGGUGAAGCGGAGGACAAAGCUAUAGAACCUCGAGAAAACCGAAGCCGAAACUGCCAGCAGGUUUAUACCUCGUCGCCCGGCAAGCAGCCGCCACCAUCGAAAGAACAGCAAGAAAUGUACGAGAUAAGCCCAUACGCAACGUUCAGCAUGUCCGGAGGCGCGGCGACGGCGGCGCGCGGCGGCGGCGCGGCGACGGGCGCGACGCUGCGCACCUUCGGCCGCGCCGAGCCCGCGCCGCUCGCCGCCGCGCCGCCGCCGACCAAACAGCGCUCGCUCACUAACGCAGACGAAUACACACUAUCACGAGCCAUGACGCUGCUGGUGCGGCGGUCAGAAUCAGACUCCGAUUCGAGCGGUUCGCCCUGCGCCGAGUGUACAUCUGGCUCGUAUCGCGUACCACAAACUACGCCAAAAGUAGCAGAGGAGGUGUUCCGCGCCGUGACGGACUCAUCGGCGGAGUCGGCGUCGACGGGCGACGCGCGCUCGCUGUCGGCGCGGGCGCACGACAAGGCGCGCCGGCGCCCGCGCCGACAUCACGCGCCGCAAGCUACCAGGUAUCAACAACGCCAAGAGCAAGAAAGGAGAGAUUUUACGAUACACGUUUAACAUAAAUGACAAUAAAGACUGCUGUAAGCAAAAAUAAUCAGAAUUAUAGAAUGUUACCUAGAUAGACAUAAAGAUAAGUCUUAAUAAGGACUGUAAAUAUUUCUAUGAGUUUUGUAAAUUUUAUUACAAAAUUCAAGGCCUAUUUGGAAUUAAAAAUUAAGUCGGGACUCAAAGUAUCAUCGAUAAAAUGGAAAUAACAACAAAAUUGUUCUAAAAUUGUUUUGUUACGUAGUUGUUAAUUAUUUGAUACGUAAUAGUAAGUAAUUUUACUAUUAUUUACUAUUUCAAACAAAUUGAAAUAAGUACAGUGUAGUUAUAAAACAAACGUCUAAAAGUCGCAUGUUGAUAGCGCAGUAAGGCGCCGUGUAAAGUCAUUAGUUUGAGUCCAUUUGUUAAAUCUGCAAUGGUGUACUGUGGCAAUGACGUUAAUGCUGGUAAUAAUGUUUCGCAGCAGAGGCAUUCCACGAGAAUGUCGGCAUUCCACGUCGCUUACGACAUGCCAUUCUUUUAGUACUUGUAAAAAUGCUGAGAGAUUUUUGGUCUGGUAAUGUAAAUUGGCAGUAUAUUUUUGAUCUUAACGCAUUUGAUUGAGGUAGCUGCCAUACAAGGCAAAAAGCAUUUUGUAAGUGACAUUCUUGUGGAAUGCCCCGCAGCCAUAACUUUUAGACAGACUGACAAUGAAUUACGACUAAGUAUGUUUAUUUCGUGAUUUAAAAUAUUUUUUUAAGAAGACUUAUUAUUCGUUUUUAAUGAUGAAAAACAUGAGUAAUUAUGAAAAUGAAAAUACAAUAAAAUUAAGGAACUGUGUUAAUUUCUAAAAAUGGUCAUGGAUGUAAUGUAAGGUAUUAUACCUACCUAAAUUAAAAAGACAAUAUCUCUUUGGUAAGUAAUAUAAAUAUUUUUUCAGGCUUUGUAAGUUUUAUGAAACAAAUCCGACCACCAAUUUUGUAGUGUAUACAAACUUACAAAAAUACAUAUCGUAACCACAUUACAAGAAUCUGGCAUUUGUAAAUCGUACCAUUUUAAUAAUAUCUAUAUAAAGGAGUGAUGCACAGUUAUCUCAAUUCAAAAAACUUCUAACUGCCAUCCUACAUUAAUAUUUUUUAAUUUUAUUGAUGCCAAAUUCGUAGCAUCUAAACCACUUCUCAGACUGCCAAAAUACUACAAUUAAAUCGUGAUUAUUAUUUUAUAAGUAUGAUUUGAGCUGAAAUUAGUUUGGAGUCAAACGAGACCUUGUAUCUUUCAACAGUCACUGCCAAGAGGUUAGUUAUACAAAUGUAAAUAUAGACUGUAAGGAAGGACAAAUGAAAAGGCAAUCAAUAAAUAAUGAAGUUGAUUAUA